AUGCCUCACCAGGUGACGCUCCCCGACGAGGAGGCGCCGUCCCCGCGGCCCUCCGCCGCCGGCUGCUACAACUUCCUCCGCGCCGCCUCCACCCGCCACGGACAGGGCGGGUACCGCCGCCUGCACUCCGCGGCCGCGGCAUCGGUCGUGAGGGUGGAGGUCGGGACGACGGCGAAGGCGAGGAGCGUGUUCCACGUGGAGCCAGCGGUCCUGGAGGCCGAGCCGGUGCGCCGGCUGCUGGCUGCCGCGGGGCGUAGGAUCCCCGGAGGCGCGGUGGCUGUGGCCGUGGACGCCCUGCUGUUCGAGCACCUGCUGUGGCUGGCCACGACCACCAACGGGUGGCUGGACGGCGGUGGCUCGGCCGCCGAUGACCUGUCGGAGAUCGUCGAGUUCUACUCCGAGGAAGAGGACGACGAUGACCACCAGGUUCAGCACCACGGUCACGGGCUCAAGCGCUAGCUAACUAUGAAGCUUCUUCAAAGCAAAUUCGGUUCGUCUAGUGAUUAUCUUCCUGCUCGUACGUACGUGUACACCAUAGUAUGCAUACUCCGCAUAGCAAUUCAUCUACUGCAGUGCCGGCUAAUUAAGCUGUCAUGGAUGGAUGAGCUACAUGUAUCAAGGAAUCAAAGCGGAAGCAGGAUAAUGUAUAGUCUGAAGA